CAGACGGCUAGAGGCCUUCAUUGCUGCACAUCCACAAAGCCGACGAACCAACGAACAAGCACCUGCACACAGCAUGUGCAUAUAAUAAAAGUAGAGGAGUCACUGCGCUGACGUGUAGUGAUGUCCGCAGCUGCCUUUCUUUUCCAAGAAGUACCAGUCUCGACGAUCCUUAUCCUGCUCGGUUUCCUCGUUCUUCUCAAUUUUGCUCGCACGCUCUUCACGAUUGCAUUGCGUGCCGGGCUAGUGGGAGAGAUUGCCAUCGGCCUAGUGUUUGGCACCCCGCUACUGGAUUUGCUUGGUGUUGGGCUUCAGGAGACCUUUGCUGCAUUAGGGUAUUUGGGGCUUCUUUCCAUUGUGUUUGAAGGUGGACUGGGAACGAACCUGAAACAAGCCAAGCGCAACAUUGGGCUAUCCCUGUUAGUUGGCACUACAGGCAUAUGUUUGCCGAUCGUAACAUGUAUCCUUUUCUUUCACUUUGGGUUCAGUUCUACAUUCUUGCAGGGGUUCACUGCUGGUGCGGCUUUGAGUGCCACCUCCCUUGGAACUACUUUCAGCAUUCUGGAGGAUGCAGGAUUAACUAAGACAAGGGUUGGGACUGUGCUAAUCAGCGCUGCUAUGUUUGACGAUGUGGUUGGGUUGGUGAUAUCGCAGGUCGUCCACGGACUUGCACAAGAUGCCCACCACGGCGCAAAUGCCAUAGGAUGGCAAAUUGGUCGUCCGAUACUCGCAUCAGCUGGGUUGCUCCUGGUAACCUACGUACUUGUUAAAGUAGGCUUGCUCAUCUUACCAGCACUUUUGGCCCGUAUGUCAUUGAGCAGCCGAGGCCACCAAUACUGGAGCGUCGUAGCAUUGUUCAUUUUACUCGUUGCAUUCAUCGCAAUAUCGUCCUACAGUGGCACGUCACAUCUCCUAGGGACAUUCUUGGCCGGGAUAUCACUCCGAGCAAUUGAAUCCGGUCUCACGCAAAAGACAGGAGCAGAACCACAUUGUGCCCCGUCACACAUAUUUGAGCGGCACAUUCGGCCGAUUCAAGAAUAUGUGUUUGCACCGCUUUUUUUUGCGACGAUUGGGUUCGCGAUACCUAUUCGAACAAUGUUUGAUGGAGAGACCUUGUGGAUGGGGCUUGUGCUGACAGUUUUGAUGACCGUUGCCAAAUGGCUGUCAGGGAUUUCGGUUUUGGUUUGGAAUUUAAGACCGAAAGAGAACUUGAUGGAUGAAGCAGCUCUGGAGAUCGUCGUGGGGCCAAAUUCUUUGGGUGAAUUCAAUUCCACAAGGGAAUUAGUUCCGAUGACGGUGCACGAAAAUGCAAACCUGGUUAGCCCAGAGUUUAAGCCCGAUACGCGCAAUCAGAAAGACGUGAAGCUUCUCCCGUUAAUGAUUCUCGGAUUCUCUAUGGUUUCCCGCGGAGAGAUAGGGCUCUUGAUAGCAAAUAUUGCUUACCCUAGUGUAUUAGACGAGCGUCUAUUCAAAGUUUCCAUAUGGGCGGUGUUGUUGUGUACUAUUAUUGGGCCAUUUGCCGUUGGGCACAUGGUAAAAAGUGGAGUAGUGGAGCGCUUGGGCAAGUGGGGAUGAAUGGUGUGCCAAUCGAAGAAACAAAAUAGAAGAAGAACUUCGGAUUGUGCGGACUGGAAGUUCUUCGUUUUCGUAGAGAGCAAAUGCAUGUAUAUGAUGAUUUUGAAAUUGAAAGGAGCGCUUUCAAUAUCAAAGACAUUCAUUCAUGGACGAA